CCCCGCCCCGCCAUGUCGUCGUUCUCGGAAUCGGCGCUGGAGAAGAAGCUGUCGGAGCUGAGCAACUCUCAGCAGAGCGUCCAGACCCUGUCCCUGUGGCUCAUCCACCACCGCAAGCACGCGGGGCCCAUCGUCGCCGUCUGGCACCGGGAGCUGCGGAGAGCCAAGUCCAGCCGGAAACUGACCUUCCUCUACCUGGCCAACGACGUCAUCCAGAACAGCAAGCGGAAGGGGCCCGAGUUCACACGCGAGUUCGAAUCCGUCCUCGUCGACGCCUUCUCCCACGUCGCCAGAGAGGCCGAUGAAGGGUGCAAGAAGCCCCUGGAGCGGCUGCUCAGCAUCUGGCAAGAGCGCAGCGUUUAUGGCGGGGAGUUCAUUCACCAGCUGAAGCUGUCGAUGGAAGACUCCAGCAGCCCCCCGCCCGCCAAAGCCACGGAUGAGAAGAAGUCUCUGAAGCGGACGUUCCAGCAGAUCCAGGAAGAGGAAGAGGACGAAGACUACCCCGGGAGCUACUCCCCCCAGGACCCCUCGGGUGGGCCCCUCCUGACGGAAGAGCUGAUCAAAGCCCUGCAGGACCUGGAGAAUGCCGCCUCCGGGGAUGCCACCGUGCGCCAGAAGAUCGCCUCGCUGCCCCAGGAGGUCCAGGACGUCUCACUCCUCGAGAAGAUCACAGACAAGGAGGCGGCCGAGCGUCUGUCGAAGACGGUGGACGAGGCGUGCCUGCUCCUGGCCGAGUACAACGGGCGCCUGGCAGCCGAGCUGGAGGACCGACGCCAGUUGGCACGCAUGCUGGUCGAGUACACGCAGAACCAGAAGGACGUCCUCGCCGACAAAGAGAAGAAACUCGAGGAGUACAAGCAGAAGCUGGCCAGGGUCACCCAAGUGCGGAAGGAACUCAAAUCCCACAUCCAGAGUCUCCCGGACCUUUCGCUUCUCCCCAACGUUACCGGCGGCCUGGCCCCCCUGCCCUCGGCCGGUGACCUCUUCUCCACCGACUAGCCCGGCCCCGCGGACCCCAACAGCCCCCCGACCCCCCUCUGGGGAAUGGGGUUCCGGCCCCGGCCCCCCUUGGACAACCCCGCAAAGGCCGGACCCUCCUCGUCCUGGGCUUCGAAGAUCUGCCGUGUAUACACACACACACACACACACACACUCUCCCCAGCUCCCUCCUCCUCCAUCUCAUUGUUCAGCUCCAACUGUACAGUGUGUUGAGAUGACCGUCCCAGAGUCACGCUGUAUCUGAGUAAAUAUAUAUAUAUAUAUAGAAAGAGAGCAUGAGAGACAGAGAGAGAGAGAGACAGAGAGAGAGAUGUACCAGAGAAGGAAUCCAAGCCUCGGCCCCCUUCUACCCAUUCCCGGUGGGGCCCUGGUUGACCCCGGAAGACCACGAGGCCUCUGGGAGAUUCACGACCGGCCCGUGGCGUCUCCCCCUGGGUCCCCUGCCCGGCCCCGGGAAGGUUGGGACCGGUUGGUGACGGAGUGGGGCUUCGGGUUCCAGUUCUGAAGCGGGGCGGUGCGCGGAGGGAGAGGGCCGGAGGGAGAGGGCCACGGCCUGGCCGGGCAGUGCCGUGGGAACUUGAGAUGGGUCAUAAGUGGUGGGGGGAAGCAACAGCUGUUUCAGAGGGUGGGGCCUUCCUGUUACCAGCCCCCAUGAAAUAAAGCACAAACACAAGGUAACACACACACACGCACACUCUCUCUCUCUCACGCCCCUUUCUCCCUCUCCUUGUCUGCCUCUC